GUCCGGAAAUUCGACCUUCAGCCCCCGCGAAGAAUGCAGAGCGCUUGGUGGGAGAACUGGCCAGACUACCUGGCCCGCUCACUCAGUGCCUUGUUGGUGAGCAGCACGGCAGCCGAGUUUCCAGGUGCAGCUGAAGCAUCACCCGAAAUGGAAGGCCAAUCCGAGAAGCUAAACACCGCUUUCCUUGAAGCGAUCUGGUCAGGCGAUUUCAAGCACGCCAAGAAAUUACUCAACGAGGGGGCGGACAUCGAGACUGUUAAUGAGUUCGGCGAGAACGCUCUUCGCAUAGCGGCCCAGGACGGAAGCGUCGAGUGCAUACGGCUGUUGGUAGAGCGGGGAGCCGACCUCAACUCCAAGAACGAGCAGGGAGUCACAGCUCUCCACACCGCUACUAUUUUCAAAGCUCUGGGAUGCGUCAAAUUUCUGCUGGACAAAGGAGCCGACGUCAAUGCUCGGGACUUGGAAGGCGUCACGUCACUGCACAUAGCCGCGCUCAACGAGCAUUUUGACUGCGUCAGGUUGCUCCUUGAAAAGGGAGCUGAUGUCGGGGUGAAGAGCACGGGAGGCUGGACCCCCCUGCACACAGUGGCACAGAGUGGACACUGGGAUUGCGUAAAAAUGCUCCUCGAGAACGGAGCCAGUCCCAACGAGAAGACGACAGAUGACGGGUGGACCCCGCUGCACGUCGCUACGGAGAAGGGUCACACAAAUUGCGUGCUCCUGCUACUGCAACACGGAGCAAAUGUGGACUCCAAUAUCCUGCACGUUGCAUCUCAGGACUCGCUAGAAGUCCUCCUGAAGAACAAGGCAAACGCCAACUCGAAGGACAGCAGAGGAUACACUGUCCUUCACACAGUGGCCGAGAAGGGGAACGUGAGGUCGCUAGAGACACUGCUCAAGUACAACGCAGAUAUUCACGCAGCAACACCUGACGGCGAAACAGCGCUCCACAUAUCCGCGUCCAGCGGGCGUCUCGAGUGCGUCAUGAUACUGCUCAAGAAGGGCGCCAAUGUUCAUGCCAAGAACUGCUUAGGACUAACCGCCCUCCACAAAGCAGCUGAAGAAGGGCAUGUGGACUGCGUGAAGGCGCUGGUGGAGAAGGGAACAAAGGUGGAUUCGAGAGACGAGAAAUGUGAGACUCCACUUCACAAAGCUCUCGAGAGAGGGCACCUCAAGUGUGCUGAGUUGCUGUUGCGUCACAGGGCGGACAAACACGCCACAACCAGAUACGGACAUUCCGCUCUGCACAGAGCUGCGAGGUACGGCCACUGGGACUGUGUUAAGAUGCUAAUCGACAAGGGCGUGGAUGUGCAAAUGAAGAGUGACCUGGGUAACACGGCGCUGUACGUAGCUGCGCAGAACGGACACUUAGACUGCACCAAGAUCCUCAUAGAGAGCGGAGCCGAUGUGAACGACAAGAGUAAGGGUGGUUGGACAGCAUUGCACAUAGCGUCGCAGAACGGACACCUCGACGUCGUGAAACUCCUGCUUUUAAAUGGCGCCAAUGUCAAGACAAAGAGCACUGGCGGACUGACGCCUCUCCAUGUCGCGUCUCACAGUGGUUACUCGGAUUGUGUGCUGGCGCUUAUCAAGAAGGGUACCGACGUGAAUGCUAGAGCAACAGGUGGCUGGACUCCUCUGCACCGCGCGUCGCAAAGUGGCAAAGUGAACUGCGUCGAGACGUUGCUCAAGAACGGAGCUGCUAUUAAUCAAGCAACGGACGGUGAACAGUUUACUGCACUGUACAUAGCGGCACAGAACGGACACUUUGAGGUGCUUAGUCUGUUGCUUGAGAACGGAGCGGACCUGACCAUGAAGGCCAGAGGUAAAUGGUGGCCUCUGCAUAUUGCUGCCCAAAAUGGACACCUCAGCUGUGCUGAAGAGCUGCUAGAGAAGGGUGCGGUAGUGGACAUCAAGAGUUCUGCAGGUUGGACUCCACUGCACUGCGCGGCGCAUGGGGGGAGGCUGGCAACACUCAAACUGUUGUUGCACAGUGGAGCCAAGUUCGACACACGCACGAUGGACGGGAAAACAGCUCUGGACUUGGCCACUGCGCAGAACCACGCAGAUUGCAUCAGCGUUCUUAACAAGAAGAGGGCUGCCAGAGUGACCAGAAGGAAGUAACACGCCAAUCCGCUGGGGGCAGCGCUGUUAAGCACCGCAUAUUUCUUACCUCCUAACACAAUGACCAGCCUUUCAUGUUUCAUGAACUUAUGAACUCAUUCAGACGCAAUGUACUACUUAAUCUCAAAACAUAUUUUUGUGGUAAUAUAAAUAGUUCCCCUGUCAGCUAAAACUGUUUUGUAGCGCGAAAUCACAUAUUAAGUUACACACGAUUAUGUAAACAAAUGAAGUAUCUGUUAUCGAAAUUUAAUUCAGCACAGAAAGUACUUAAUCACCACGUGUACUUUCUUAGUGGUGGUUGCAGGCCCUGCGUUAAAACCAGCGUAGCAGCUUGGAAAGUCGCCUGCAGUGUCCCUGUGCAUCACCACGUGUACUUUCGUAGUGGUGGUUGCAGGCCCUGCGUUAAAACCAGCUUAGCAGCGUGGAAAGUCGCCUGCAGUGUCCCUGUGCAUCACCACGUGUACUUUCGUAGUGGUGGUUGCAGGCCCUGCGUUAAAACCAGCUCAGCAGCGUGGAAAGUCGCCUGUAGUGUCCCUGUUGCACUGAUUCCAUUUGCAACACACGUACUACCGCAAAGGGUGUGAAGUGCCUUAACGCCUGCAGGUCGAAACCAGAAAUUCACGUACGUGUCACACAUCAUACCUACUUGUAACAGACACUUGAAAACUCAAUGACACGUGGCGGACUCAAGGCAGUGAGCGUGAGACCAGUCUGCUUGAAUGUGACACCAUGCAGUUCGGUAGAUAGGUAUCAACUUUUCCGAGGAACCUGCAUCCUCCAUCUUCAAGGUAUAAGUGUAUUUUUAUUGCUAGUGGGUUGGGACUAAGUCCCUUGUACUGCGGCCACUU